AUGGGCGUCAUCAUCCCGCUCGUGUCCGUGAGCGCAUUCUGGCUCGUCAUCGGCCUCGGCGGCCCAUUCUUGGUGCCGAAGGGUGUAAAUCGAGGUAUCGUCCAAACGAUGAUCGUCUUGACGGCCGUCUGCUGUUGGCUAUUCUGGAUCCUGGUCUACCUUCAUCAGCUUAACCCGCUCAUCGGACCUCAGAUCAGUGUCAAGACCAUCCGCUGGAUCUCCGAGAAGUGGGGCGAUGCGAAGGGCGUCAAGAAC